ACUAUAUGUCGUCAGUACGGGAUUCGACAUUCUCAUAUGUCCAUCUUGAUAAUCCCAAUCGAGUGUUGUAUAUGGAGAAAUGGAGAGAUGAUUCCAUUCCCUUUGAUGCCAUUGAUACUCAACAAUUAUUAGAUGCUACAUCAUCAAUACUACCAUUCACCUUAUUAGAUGAUGAAGAAGAAGAUGGAUCGAUACCAUUACAACCAGCCACUUUGGGAGCUAAUUUAUACAAGAAGAGAACAGCCAAUAAAGAUAAAACAUGGAGCGAUUUGGGUAUAAGAGAUAAGUUCAUUAAUGAAGGGUUGAAUAGUAAUCCUUCUAUGGUUGAUCGAAGUUUAUUAGGAUUCUUACGUACUACUGAAGCAGAUGGUGGAACAAAUCAAAUGACAGUGGCGGAAUAUUUAUCGAAUGGGUUUCAAAUAAGUGAUAACAAUGAUGUUUUAUUAAAUUCGGAAUUGGUUAAUGAUAGUACAUUUAGUGUUCAUCAUGGCGAUUUUUUUAUAAAUUCAACGGCAUCAGAAGCUCAACUUUCAAAUAAUAAUAAUAAUAAUGGUGGCGCUAGUGCUAAUAAUACAUCUUUCCAACCUUUAAGAAGCUCCUCGAUAGGUACGUCAAAUCAUCAAGGAAUAAUACAAACUCCUCGUGUUGGUAGAACUCGUCAAGCUUCCAACGAUCGUAUUUUCCAAACUCCAAUUACACGCAUAAUGAGAUAA